AUGAAGAAGGAGAGGGAGGAAUUAUGUGUAAAUUUAGAGAAAAAGAGAAAGGAAGAAAGGGAGAAGAUUGAUGUAUUGAUAGAGGACCUGGAGGUGAGUGACGAUGUGGAAGAGGAGGAUAUAGAUAAUUUUGAGGAAUUCCCGAGAUUGAGUUGGGAGAGUGAGAUUUGUUUGUAUGAAUUGGAUGAAUUGAAAAGACAGGAGAUGGAGGAACAACAGAAGAAGAAGAACAAAGUACAGAAGGAAGAAGAAGAAAGGAAAAAGAAGAAAGAGGACAUGAAAGAAGAACAGAAGAAGAAAGGAAGAAAAAGUAAAGGAAGAACAAGAAAGGAAAAAGAAGGAAGAAGAAGAAAGAAAAAUGAAGGAAGAAGAAAUAAAGAAAGAACAAAAGAAGAAGGAAGAAAAAAGAUUGCUAUUGAUUUUAUGGAGGUGAGUGACGAUGUGGAAGAGGAGGAUAUAGAUAAUUUUGAGGAAUUCCCGAGAUUGAGUUGGGAGAGUGAGAUUUGUUUGUAUGAAUUGGAUGAAUUGAAAAGACAGGAGAUGGAGGAACAACAGAAGAAGAAGAACAAAGUACAGAAGGAAGAAGAAGAAAGGAAAAAGAAGAAAGAGGACAUGAAAGAAGAACAGAAGAAGAAGGAAGAAAAAGUAAAGGAAGAACAAGAAAGGAAGAAGAAGAAAGAAAAAUGA